AUGCAAUAUAUGAUAUUUUCAUCUCCAGCAAUAAUGUCAGAUAAUAGUGAUGGUGGUAUUAGGUUAAUAAUUCGAACAUUAAAAAGAUCACUUUCGCCUGAUCAUUCAUCAAAUCAUGAACGAAAAUCAAAAUUAGCUAAAACUGAACAACAGUAUCGAUCGGAAUGGUUUCACUCCGAAUUACAUCUAUAUUUACGGCAAGACAAUGCUGGUAAGGAUAUCACUAACAAAGAAAAUUACGACAAACAUAAACAAUACGAAACGAUCAUGGUAAAACAUUCUAUAUCGACAUGUAAUAAGGAAGAAGAGGAUGAUCAAGAUGAUGGAAUAAUUAUUGAUCAUCUUGAUAUAUCAUCUGUACCUUUACCUUGGUAUCGUUCUCAUGCAUUAUGGUCAAAUAUGAUGGCUAAAACGUUUGAUGAAACAUAUAAAUGUCAUUCAAAUUUUCUUGAUGCACAUCCAGCUAUAACAUCGAAAAUGCGAAGUGUUUUAUGUGAUUGGUUAAUUGAAGUUUCAGAAGUUUAUCAUCUUCAUCGAGAAACAUAUCAUUUAGCUAUUGCUUAUAUUGAUCAGUAUUUAUGUAAUACAACAAAUUUACCUAAAGCUAAACUUCAAUUGCUUGGUAUAACAUCAUUAUUUAUAGCAGCUAAAAUUGAAGAAAUCUAUCCACCACGUAUAUCUGAAUUUGCAUAUGUUACUGAUAAAGCCUAUUAUGAAGGUGAUAUUCUUGAUAUGGAAUUAGAUAUAAUGAAUGCAUUAAACUGGUUUAUUAAUCCAGUGACAUCAAUUAGUUGGUUAUUAACAUAUCUUCAACUUGAAUCUGAUCUUGAAAUGAUUAAUAAUAAUAAUAAUUCUUCAUCACCAUCAUCAACAAAUGUAACACCAUCUCAUAAUGAUCGUUGUAUAAAAAAACGACGUAUAUCAAUAUCAAAUAUUCCAAAAUCUUCAGUGUCAUUGUCAGACAGUGAAAUUCUAAAAACAUCAAUCUUAACAAAUGUACAUCGAACACCAAUGUUUCUACAAACAUUUUCAUUGGUUGCUCGAUUAAUUGAUUUAUGUUCACUCGAUAUUGAAUAUUCACAAUUUCCAAAGAAUGUACUAGCUGCAACAGCUAUUCUUGCUUGUAAACCGCAUUGGCCUGUUGAACAGAUUACUUCUUUAAAUGAUGAUGAUCUCUAUGUAUGCAGUGAAUGGAUGAAACCAUUUUUUGAUGUACUUUAUUUUGGUCAAAAUUUAAUGUCAAUACCAAUACCAGCUUCUCGACCAUCACCUGCUAUACCCAUCGACGAGAUUUAUUCAAUACAAAUACAUAAUAUCUCAUUAGAUUUUCUUGAAAAUGUUUAUAAAAAACGCCCAAAAUUUAUUCCACCAAUAACUAACAAUCGACCUUUUCGAAAUCUUGUGAAUCGAUUGUCAUGGUUACCAACACCACCAACAUCAUUAGAAAAACAACAACAUGAAAUUAUUGUUAAUGAAGAAGCACAACUUCAAAUAACUGAAGUCAUAUCAGUAUGA